AUGCAACCAAAUCCAAAUGAGAACCAAAUGAAAGAGCAAUAAUACAAAGACACACUAAGAAAGCUGAUUUAAGAAUACAGCCAAUUCGCGUCAGAUAUAUUGGAAUAGGAAUAGAAUAAUUAAAAAGCUUGGAUUGAAUCCCAAUUCAAGAUCACUUAAUCAAUGAAUAUAGUUUUUGAAUGUUGUGUGUCAAGACAGAAGGUGAAAGUGCCUGUAAAUAUAAAGUGUAGAUUAUUAGGUUUCUUUUACUCAAUGUAUCAAUAAUAAAAAACAUUUUGAUGAUUACUUUGAUCUAGAGUAGCUGAUAGUUUAUCUUGAUAUUUUGAAGGAUAAGGAAAAGACGCAGGUCAUAUGUCCAUCUUGCAAAGAAAAAAUUAAAAUCCCAAAAUCUGCUAACACCAUAGAUGUUUUAAAAGAAAUUCUUCGACCUCAUAUUUUUAUUUACAAUUUAAGGAAGCAGGUAGGUAUUUAUCCAAAAGAUAUUAUUUAUUACCACAAAUAAAAGUUAAUAAUUCCAUUCUAUAAAGGGAAAUAUUAAACCUACUUUAACUCACACUAUCAUGCAGAGGAUUUUGGGAUUGAGCCCAUCCUUCUUCAAUAACCCAGAGAAGAGAAUUAAUUUAUUUCAAUCUCAAAGAAGCUCAAGGAUUAUACUGGUUGUGAUUUUGUGAAUGUUUGCCUCAUAUCAUAGGUAAGAGUCAACAUACCUGUAAGAGGUACAAAAUGUGUUCAUUAUGAAUCAUAUGACUUAAUCGCUUUGCAUAAACAUUUAUUCGAGUCAGAAUCUAAGAUGAUGAAUUGUACAAUGGAAGGUUGCCAAUCAGUAUUUGAUCUAAGGUCCCCAGAAUCUUUCCAGAUAGAUUUCCAGCUAUUAUAGGCAGGAAGAGAAGGAUUAAGUUUUUCCAUAAACUUUACAUAUCUACCAAAUAUACAGAAGUUGAGCGAGAUGUUGUAUAAUAGACAAAGAGAUGAUAUCAUUAUUUCAUAUAAAGAGGUGAAGUCUUUGGAGGGUAACUUGGAAUAUUUAAAUAAGAUAUAUGAGAUAGCUGAAUCUAUAUUUGUUAAUAAUGAGAACAACAAAAAGUAGACAGAAUCAUUUUUUAAAUUAUAAAAUACCUAGUUACCAAAUAAUGAAGAUUUAUUAGUAAUUUGUCCAAUAACUAAUUAUGGCAUAGAAUUACCAGCCAGAUGUAGAAAUUGUAAAGGUUUUAAAGUGACAGAUUUGCGUUAUUUAGCUUGUAUUUUGAAUUAAGUAAAAAAUGAAAAAGAUGUUGAAGGAGUUAAAAAAGUUUAAAAAGAAUGUCCACUAUGCAAUUCACCAUUCUCUGAUAAAGUUAAACCUCCACUUAAAUUUAUUGAUUAGAUCUACAUCGAUGUUAAGAUGAUGAAAUUCUUCUUAUAAAAUCCAUUUUAUUCAAGAACUGUCAAAGGAUAUAAGCAGUUUUUAAAUUAUUAAUAAAAUAUUGAUGGGUAAGGAUAAGUAAAAGGAUAAUAAAUAAACAUUUAAGAAUCCAAACCUUGGGAAUAUACAAAGAGUAUCUUUAUGUAUAAAUUCAGCUUACUUGUAAUUUUAUCAUUUAUUAUUCUAGUGUAUAUUAACAGAAAAGCGAAUCAAAAUACCAGUAAGAUGCACCAAAUGUACAAAUCAUUAUGAUUGUUUUGAUAAGGAAUCACUUGAAGAAUAUCAGAUGAAGAAAGGAAAUUUGGAAGAAAUUUGUUGUCCAAGAUGCGGAUAAAAAAUUGAAUCCAUCUCUAAUCUCUUUGUUGAUUCAGAUUUAUAUUAAAUACUUUAAAAUCAAGCAGGUGACAUUUAAUCUAGUAACUAUGCAUAUAUACAUGCAAUAGCUAAAAAAUUAACCCCAAUCUGA